AUGGCUAACGAUCCCGAAAGAUUUGAUACGAUGUUGUUAGCAAUGGCUCAACAACACGAAGGAGGUGUUAAAGAUCUGCUGAACACAAUAGUAGGCUUCCUGGCAAGAAAGACAGACUUCUUCACUGGUGGCAAAGGAGGUGAAUGGGAACAGGUGGUGAAAGAUACAUUCUAUGUCCAUGCUAAGAAAGCAAAGGAAGAGGCUGAUAAAAUAAAGAAAGAAAAGGAAGAAGCAGAUAGAAGAUUGAAAGAUAUCCAGCAAAAGAAAGAACAAGAGCGAAUGGCUCAGGACUUUGAACCAGCCUCUGUUACAGAAAUAACAGACCAGGAAGCUGUUAAAAUACAAGAGGAUAUUGACAAAGAAAAGAAAACCCAAACGGAAGUUGGCAGUGGAGAUGGUACUCCAGUUGAACCAGAAAAAGCAGCAGAAGCUGAGGAGGAGGAUGAUCCUAAAGAAAAGAACAAACUUAAGCCUAAUGCAGGCAAUGGAUGUGACCUUGAAAACUACAGAUGGACCCAGACUCUAGAAGAAGUUGAGCUUCGAGUGCCACUGCGUCAAGUUCUGAGGCCACGUGACUUAACGGUUAUCAUCAACAAGAAGCAUCUCAAAGUCGGCAUCAAAGGCCAGCCGCUUAUCAUCGAUGGCGAACUAGAUGCCGAAGUCAAGAUAGAAGAGUCAACGUGGGUGUUGCAAGAUGGACGUAAUUUACUUAUCAACUUAGAAAAGGUCAAUAAAAUGAAUUGGUGGGGCAGGCUAGUCACUACCGACCCGGAAAUAUCUACGAGGAAGAUCAACCCAGAACCAUCAAAACUUUCCGAUUUGGACGGAGAAACCCGCGGUUUAGUUGAAAAAAUGAUGUACGAUCAACGACAAAAAGAAAUGGGCCUGCCUACUAGUGAUGAACAAAAGAAACAAGAUGUGCUCAAAAAGUUCAUGGAACAGCAUCCCGAGAUGGACUUCUCAAAAUGCAAAUUUAACUAA